UUAAGAUAUUUUUAUUGUUUUUUAUGGCAUUUUUUUAUUAAAAACUGAAACUUCAUUUAGAUUUCAUCAGUCUUUUAAAUUUAUGAUUUUUAAAUAUUUCUCUUUCUUAUGUUGUGUUUCAAGAAACUACAGUUAAAUAUAAAAAUAAGAUAUUUAAAAAAUGCCACUUUCGGUUCAAAUCAACGACCGAGAUAAUGGCCGCCAUCCGACUUAUAAAUAAAUUCUAAUUUACGUAUCUUUGCUGCAAACUUAGUAUUUUUUAGAUUGAUAUUAUUUCUUCUGUUUCCUGAUAAUUUCUGGUAGCAUUCAACAUUAUUAUUAUUUAUUGUUAUUACUGUAAAUAAUGGAUUCUAACAUGCAAAACAUAAUUCACCAAAACAUUGUAUCAAGCUAUAAAAUGGAAACCAUUUUAUACAAAACAAGAACAAAAAAUUCAAAUUAGAUAAAAGCAAAUUCUAAUUAGUGUAGGUUUAAAUGGCACCUAGCACUAGGUUAGCACCCCGAUUUUUACAUUAAUAAUUUUAUAGUUUCACCAGAAGUCUUUCUAUACUUUUGCAAGAGGAAAGGAGAAAGUCAAAAUCCCGCGACAUUGAAGGAACUGAUGAUGAAAGAGGGAAACGAAGGAAUAAACUCUUCAGAAGAAUACAAAUGGACAUAAAAGACAGAGAACGUCAAAGGAAAAAACUUGGACCGGUGGAGGGGGUCAGAUAUGUUGAUGCCCAGAGGGAUGUUGCCGUGGAUAUGGGAGAACGUGAUAUAAGAAGAGAGAUCUUAAAACACAGAGGAAAACUGAAGAGUUCUACACUAGCAGAUGAAGCAGAUAACCUAGGAUUCUUGUUACUACUGGAGCAAGCUCUGAAAGAAAUGAAAUCAGGAAGCCCGGUUACCGCUCUAACCUACCUUGACAAAGGUCUACAAAUCCACCCUGAAGAUGGUGAUAUGAGGGUUUGGAGAGGUAGAGCAUAUAUACAAGCUGGACUAUGGCAGAAAGCGCUGGAGGAUGCUAAAGAAGUCUUCUAUACUCUUCGGGAUUCAGAGCAUCCCGGGGCUCUCAUAGUAAUGGGAGAAGGUCUUUAUGGACAAGGAGAUUUUGAGCAUGGUUUGAUGUGGUUUAAUAGGGGCUUGAGGAACCCUGAGCUUCUAAUGUCAGAAAGAGAAGAAAUUCUUGCCGGAAUAAAGAAAACUGAGGAAGCGAUUAACAACGCUGUUGGAGAUUGUGCAACCAGUUUUUUCCAAAAUGUCGGACAAGUAUUGGAUCUGUUGCCUCGUGGAUUUCUGGGAGUUCCAUGGUUCCAACUCAAGACACUACUUUCAGAAAGAAAAGAGGAGAAUAAGAGAGUGAAAAGUGCUCGACAUCAGAUCAGAAGUGAUUCAAGACAAGAUAAGAAGUUCCUUCAUCAGCUAGCAAACGAUAAAGCGUUCCUUCAGGAUUUAGUGAUUAAACUAGAAGAUAAACAUGUCAGUCAAAAAAUUGUUAAAGAGGCUAGAGGAGCUGCUCAGUAUCUUUCAGAAAGACGAGAGUUCUGGAGUCAACAGAAUCCGAGAUAUUUAUUAAAAACCACGUAGUUGGAAAAAUAUAAUCUCACAUUUUUUUUAUAAAAAUGUUUUUUAUCCUAUAAGGUUAAAGACCCUUUACUGUUUUAGCGCUUCAUACCAUGCCCAAUUUGCAACGAUACUCCUUACACAUUUUUCUGGUUUUGAUGAAAUGGUUGUACAGGAACACGAGACCUUGUUUAGAAAUUAUAUUUAACAAAACUGAAACUUAUUCUAUGAUUGUUGUUAAACCAGGAGCGUAAUUUUAACUAAACCUUAACAUGUAAAUUGUCUUCAUUUUUCUUACUUAACAAAUGUGAAGAUCAAUGCUUAAUGUAAGUACUUAACAAAUGUG